GUUUGACCUCUCCGCUUUCCGUAGUUUAAAUCCUCUCGACCUCUGACUUGCAGUAAACUUCUCUACUUCCUGCUCGCUGUCCGACUCUUAAAAGGCUGAAAAGGCGAUGUUUUUAAAAGAAAGGGAUUAUAUUUCGAUUGAUUUGGACUGAAUUUGACCGCAAGAUGAGCUGGAUUCCAUUCAAAAUCGGACAACCAAGGAAACAGAUUGUUUCAAAAACGGUUGAAAGGGACUUUGAGCGGGAAUAUGAGAAGCUCCAAAAGUUGGAAGAACAGACAAAGAAGCUGCAUAAAGACAUGAAGAAAAGCACAGAAGCUGAUUUAGCAAUGUCUAAAGCAGCAGUGAAGAUCUCAGGGGACUUGUUGAGUAAUCCGUUGUGUGAGCAGGAUCAAGCUUUCCUUGAAUCCAUGAACGCUCUGGAUACAGCCAUGAAGAGAAUGGAUGCUUUCAAUCAGGAGAAGGUCAAUCAGAUUCAGAAGACUGUGAUCGACCCUUUGAAAAAGUACGGCAGUGUGUUUCCCAGUCUGAACAUGGCAGUAAAACGCAGGGAACAGGCUCUUCAAGAUUAUAAGAGACUCCAGUCUAAAGUGGAGAAGUAUGAAGAAAAAGAGAAGACGGGGCCCAUCAUGGUCAAACUCCAUCAGGCCAGGGAAGAACUGAAGCCUGUCAGGGAAGACUUUGAAGCCAAGAACAAGCAGCUAUUGGACGAGAUGCCCAAGUUCUACAACAGCCGUAUCGACUACUUUCAGCCCAGCUUUGAGGCUCUGAUCCGAGCUCAGGUGGCCUAUUUUACCGAGAUGCACAAUAUCUUCACUGAAUUGACGGAUCAGAUUGACCAGGGCGGUUUGACAGAUGAACAGAGGAAGCAGGAGAACGAGGCCAAACUGAAUGAGUUGCGCGCGCUGUCCAUCGUGGCCGACGACUGAGACAGAAAACACCCGCUGAUACGCCACAGAUGUUUUAAUGAAGUCACGUCAACAGUUAUUUAUUUCUUUUUCUGUUUGUUACUUUUUAUUGAUAAUGUAGAAGUCUUAUUUUGAAUGUCUUGUUGACAAAUGAAGCCAUCAGGAAACACUAGUGAAACCUUUUAACAGGAAUGUGUUCAGAUUCUCAUAUUAGCAUGAAGUUUUGAUUCUUAGCUGGAAUAUCUUACCUGGAUUUUUUUCCAGUUAAUGUCACUUUUUGCUAAUCAAACUUUUUUUUUUUUUGUCUCGUCGGUUUAUUUUUGUCUUUACAGUCACUACAACCAACCAACGAUUGAUCAUUGAAGUUCUAACAGAUAAUUUACAUGUUUGUCUUACAGCUUUCCCAUCCACAAGAGGCCAAAUAUUUAAGUUCUAAAUAGUUCUUAUAAGCUAAAGCUUAGUUUUCUAUACGAGUUGUUCGUAGAGUUCACACACUACUUAUGAUGUACUCUUAACUUUUUUCCUGCUCUUUUAAAGCAUCUUUACAGAAUAGUGCAACACUGGAAUCGUGCAGAGAAUCAAUAUUUAUAUGAAACUGUUGACUGACAUUUUAUCUCGGAAAAAUGUUACAGUGCAAUUGUCAGUGCUCUAACAUGAUGCUUUUCACAUGUGUUUAAAUGAUACUCUGCCUCCCUCUACUGGCACAUCUGAAGCAUUUUUUUUUUUGUAACUGGCCUGUGUUUGUGCUCACUGUAUUUGGUUUGAAGAAAAGACCUUUUGUUAAAGUUUUUUUUGUUAUAUUUACCAAUAGUCUUACAGCUAUAAUACACAAUGUACUGUUUGGAAAUGUUGCCAAUAGUUUCAGGGCCAGUUAUUUAAUCCACACGUUUUCAUCGCAUUUACUGACAAUCAAUAUAUAAUGAAGUAUUUUUUAAACCAAGAGCUUUGAAUAUAUAAAUGGAAAAUUUUUGGUUCGGUUUGACAUGAAUAUUUGGAUAAUAUUAUAAAUUAUAUACAGAUAAUUGGAAUAUUAAAAGUGCCUUCACAGUAGGUGAUGUUGCUCACCAUGGUCAUGGGUUCGAUUCCCAGGGUUAAAAUGUAAACCUUGAAUUCAGGUCAAGUCAUUUUGGAUAAAACAUCUAACAAAUAAAUUAAAACUUACAGCAUGUUUUACAUUCCUGCUUUGCUUUUAAAAGACAAAACCUGAAAUAACCCAAAACAUUUUCUCUAAGACUCUGGACCAUAGCCUUAUAUUAUCAAAAUGUGUGUAUUUGUCUCUUUUCUCAAAUUGAAGUGUUGUUCUUUAAAUGUGUGUUUGCAAUUUAGUUGUCAUACAUCCUUACAGUAAACUGGUUUUGGACAUCCA